AUGUCCCGUCUCUCAGAUCUCUAUCCUCUUACCUUGCUGGAGAUUAACUAUCGAUGCCAUCCUCAAAUCUUGGAUUGGCCUGUAUCAGCUAUUUACAAGGACAAGAUCACCGCCAGCGAGCAGAAUGUUAUGGCUGAUCGUGUGGGUAACGCCUGGGAUACAUUCGUGUCCUCUCUUUACCAUUUCAAGCGUGCAGGGAGUACGUCCUGGUGCAACGACGAACAUAUCAGUGUCGUAAUCACCUUCCUGCGCGCACUGCAUACCGAUAGAUCCAGCAAUGAUCGGAUCGGCCCCAGUGAUGUUGUAUUGAUCUGUCCCUAUAAGGAACAGGUCAAGCGCGUCAAUCAGCGCUUUGCCCAGGAAGGCGUCAAAUACGACCGGUGUUUGACUAUCGACGGAUCCCAGGGUCAGGAGGCCAAUGUAAUCAUAUUCAUCUUCACUAAGCCUCGUACCAGUGACGAGAGCGAGGUUGGCUUUCUUGCCAGCUACCAUCGAUUGAACGUGGCGCUUACCCGCACGAAGAAGUUGCUUAUUCUCGUUGCGAAUCUCGGGAUUUGGAACAAGCGAUGGGCAGGGGCUGCCAAAAACGGCUCCACUCGCUACCUGGGUAGCUUCCUCACAGAUGCUUUUGCCAAGAAUGACAUUUUGAAAUGGGAGGGGACCAAGACCGUCACUGAGCGCGUCGAUGGAACCCAAAAGCCGAAGGCCAUCGUCUCCAUGCCAGCUUCUUCCAUGCGCAAAGCUCCCUCGGCCCCCAAAUCUGCUGCUCCACCGCGCAAAGCAUCCCCCGUUACCCGCCCACCGGCCUCGCCACGCAACGUGGAACAAAGCGGGGCCGUUGGUGUUGCCCCAGAUUCCAAGGUAAUCGGUGGAGAGGCCGUUAAGAUAACCUCGUCCCUGGAGCAGUUGAAGUUGGAUCGGGAGGCCUUGGAGGCUGAACAGAUUGCCAUGAAUGAGAGGUGGACGAUGCUGGACGCCAUGCUGGCCAAAUGGAAUGCUGAGUAG